UCCAGUAACGGCUGCACGUGCAGGGCUGCUGCAGGAACCAAAAGGAGAACAGGGGAAGGACUAAACGACUGCUCACACGCAAGAAGCGAGGUACGUGACGUGUACAAGCUGGAAUCAACAUUAUCUCACGGUGAAGUAGAACUGAGAGGAUUAAAAACUCUACUUAAAAGAGGAUUUCUGGAAAUAUAAAACUUUCGUUCCACAUGAGGAAAAAACAAGCUGACAAACUGAGGAUAUAAGACAGGUAUUCUUUGGAUUUCCAUUAACAUUUAUUAAAAUAUAUAUUUUUUCCUGCCUGUUGGCUGGACUUCUAAGCUGAAUGUGGAUUUCUGGCUUUCACUCGGUUCCAAACGUACCAGCCUGAUCCGAAGAUGAAAAACAGUUCACUAGAACUUUACGUCAGUCCGCUGAACGGCACGCAGAAUGACAUGAACUGCAGCAAAAACGAUGACUUCAAGUACCCUCUGUACAGCUCCGUCUUCAGCCUGGUGUUCGUGGUUGGACUCUCAUUUAACCUGGUGGCUAUUUACAUAUUCAGCCACACACUGAAGCUGCGCAACGAGACCACGACGUUCAUGAUGAACCUCAUCGUCUCGGACUCUCUCUUUGUCCUCAGCUUGCCUUUUCGGAUCUUUUACUUCGUUAAGCGUGUCUGGCCAUUCGGAACGUGGCUCUGCAAGAUCUCCACAGUCCUGUUCUACACAAACAUGUACAGCAGCAUCCUCUUCCUCACCUUCAUCAGCCUCGACCGCUUCCUGGCCAUUGUGCACCCGUUCCGUUCCCAGACUAUUCGUACCAAGCGGAACGUCAAACUGGCCUGCUGCGCCGUGUGGAUAGUAGUAAUUUCUGUGGGCAUAGUCACGGCCAUUCACGUGGACACAACUUCACCCAGCUCCUCAAUACAAUUCUGCUUUGAGAACUUCUCCAACAAACAGUGGCAGUCUGAGCUGUCCAAGGUGGUGGUGGUACUUUGCACCGUGGGCUUCAUCGUCCCACUGAUGGCCAACGUCUUCUGCUCGGUCAUGGUCCUGCGGACGCUGAGGAAGCCCAACACCAUCAGCCGCGGUGGAAGCAUCAAGAAGGCGAAAAUCUUGAGAAUGAUCACUGUGCAUUUGCUCGUCUUCUGCUUCUGUUUCAUCCCAUACAAUCUAAAUCUAAUUUUCUACACUCUGUUUCGCACCAACGUCCUGAAGCACUGCUACGCUGAAGGGGUGGUGCGCACCAUCUACCCCAUUGCUCUGUGCUUAGCCGUGACCAACUGCUGCUUCGACCCCGUCAUCUACUACUUCACGUCAGAGACCAUUCAGAGCUCCAUCAAAGACAGGUCUGUAGUUUGGCACAAUGGCGCCAAGUUUUUCAACAGACUACAUACAGAGAGUGGACAGAGCACUCCGGUCACGACACCAAGAAGUGUGACGGUCGGGACUCUGCGAACAAACAUGUUAAAUAACAAGUAUAUGGAUGAAUGAGAACCACUGUGUUUAAUGUGUCAGGAUAACUAGUGAAACUAAAUAAUGGGGUGCAAGUGGAAUUAAAUGGCCUGGCAGGUCAUGACAGCACAUCAACACUGUACCAUCCACUGGACAUUACAAAGAAUCGUGACUCUGAGGCUGUGACAUUGAAUCCUAUUCAGUCAAUAAGUGAAAUAGAAAGGGAGAUUCUGAAAAUAGUUUUCAUCAGCAUGUUGACGCAAACUCUUCAUAAGUACUUAUGAAGACAUACAUUAUUAAAAGUGCCUGUUGUAUAAGCCAUAGUCUUGUGCAUAUGUAUCUGUUGUACACUGUAACAGGAGUCCAUUGGCUGCUGCUGAACCAGUAUCACAACUCUUUUUAAUGCACUGUACAUUUCAGAAUAUAUUCAAGAACAUGUAAUCGAAGCAAGCUCUACGUUUGCGACCUCGUCCUGAAACGAGAAAAAUAUACUGAUAUGAUAAGGUGUGACUAGCAUCUGUCUCAUUCUAGUCUUAUUAGUCAUAAAGCUACAAGUAAUGUCGGAAGCAAACUUAACCACAGGUAGAUAUUUGGAGGUGUGGUUGAUAACUGAUGGGUGAACUGCACCAGGCAUUGCUCCAACUACAACAUUGGUUGUAGUAAUUGCUGCAACUUUUCAUAAAAUUUGAAAGAAAAAAAUCGUUGUCAGAGUGAGUUUGUAUAAAAAUGUUGCACACUAUAGUUGGGUAUGUUGUAGCUCAAAUACAUGUGACGUGUGUAAUGCUGAAGGUCAUGCAAAACCACAUUCCUGCUGAGAUGCACAGAAGCCUCGGGGUGACUUAAUAAUGCAAAAAGACGUCUUGAGAAACAAAAGCAGACAGGAAACAACACGCUUUCAGAAAGGACAUUAUUCACAAACCGCAGAACAGAGUUGUCUUCUGAGCUAAUGACUCAGGUUAGGUAAACACCGCAGAGUCAGAAAACUAACAUUGUGGAAAAGUGACACGAUAAUCACACAGAUUUGUAACAAAGCAGUAAUAAUAAUUAAAAAAACAUACCAUCCCAUUGUCAUUAG